AUGGCAAGCCUGCAAGCCUCGUUCCUGGCUGCCUUCAUCCUCCUUGCCAUGAUACUCCAAGCUGUGGAGGCAGGUCCCUAUGGUGCCAACGUGGAGGACAGCAUCUGCUGCCAGGGCUAUAUGCGCCGGCCUCUACAUCAGCGCGUGGUCAGGAAUUUUUAUUGGACUUCUAACUCCUGCCGGAAGCCUGGCGUGGUGUUGGUGACCAACAGACACCUAGAGAUCUGUGCUGACCCCGAUGCGCCCUGGGUGAAGAAGAUCCUCCUGAGGCUCAAAAAAUGA